AUGGAGGUGGGGCGCGUGUCAGGGAGCUUCAUCCUCAGGUCUGCGCAGCGAGAGGAGGCUCUUCAUCGCAUCUGGUAUGCUCUCAAGAGGUGGCGACUCAUCUCUCGAUGGAUCAUCCUCUUCUCGACGACGGCUUGUUUGUUGAUCAAUCAAAGAGGAUUCACUUGAUGGAUUUUUGAUCCUUUUAUCGUGAAUCGUUCAACAAUUUUAGUAGCAAUGCUCCGCGAAUCGCGUUGACGAGAUUUUUGCCGAUGAUCUAGUGAUUCUCGUUGCUUAAUCCUUCACCGGCGAUCUGCAGGAAAGUCGUGAUAAUCAGGUAAAAAUAUAUGAAUUUUGACUCUAAAAGGAUUCGAACCCGCACCAGUCACCUACCUAUGAGGAAGGUGUGACGGGGGUUUAGUCCCACAUCGGUUGUGUGCCGAUUUUUCAGGCAAAUAUAUAGUAAUGUUAGCUUUGUAAGCAAAGUCCCUUCUCUCGCGUGUACAACCACUCCUUGCCCCACAGUCAACUGGGCACCAGUGAUGUGGAAGGGGAGUGGCGCACACGUGCCCCUAUCGGUCCAAGCUAACCUGCUCGAGCCCCUGCUCGUGGCUAUUCCGCGACUGUGCUUCCGACCUGCUUGCGGGCCCGGCUGGCCAGCGGGUCCCCCCAUUUUGCAAUAUUUUUUAUUUAUAUUUCUUAUUCUUCAUUUAUCUCAAUAGUAAGACUGUAAAAAUCGUAUAAAAUCACAUAAUUACUCAAAAACUCACGUUAAUCAAUUGAAAACCACAAAUCAUUCUUUAACACAUAUAUAAGUGUAUUUAUCAUGAGUUAAGGCUAAAACUAUAUUAUUUACUAAUUAUUAACUCAUGAUAAUGAAGACUUAUCAUAGUCCCCAACUUAAAUCAUUUCUAGUCCCUUAGCAAUGGAAUUACGAAAAUAAAAUUUUACAAAUCUCAAACAUCAUAUUUCAAUACAGAAAAAAAAAUACAAUUAGAAAUGAUGUACCUUUAAAUACUUUGGAUUCUUAUAUCAAGUAUUUAAGAAUGAUGUCAAGCACUUAAAUGUUUAAACACUCCUUGGAAUAACAAUCUAGACUUCACUUCUUCUAUUCACAUCUUUAUCACUUCUUCACUCAUAGAUGUAUUUACAAGAUGUUCCAAUUAUCAAUACUCAUCCAAGAAUGAUAUUGAUCCUCCAUUUCCCUUUUUCUAUGACUUAAUUUUUGAAGUUUGCACUAUAUUUCUUCCUUCUUUUUUUUUUAUAUAUAUAUAGUGGAUAAGUAGCUUUUUCUAUAGACAAAUUUCGACAAUAAAAAUGAUGUCUCACACCCUCCAUGUGUACUCUUCAUUUUCAAGGCCUUCACUUUAUCCACUUAUUUUUCAACUAGUGUUUUUCUAUGCACGAUUUUCGACAAUGAGAAUGAUGUCUCACACCCUUUGAUAAGUCUUCAUUAUCAUGAGUUAAUAAUUAGUAAAUAAUAUAGUUUUAGCCUUAACUCAUGAUAAAUAGACUUAUAUUUGUGUUAAAGAAUGAUUUUUGGUUUUUAAUUGAUUAACGUGAAUUUUUGGGUAAUUAUGUGAUUUUAUACGAUUUUUACAGUCUUACUUUUGAGAUAAAUAAAGAACAAAUAAAAAUAAAAAUAUUGCGAAAAUGGGGGGGACUCGCCGGCCAGCCGAGCCCGCAAGCGGGUCAGAAGUGCAAUCGAGGAGUAAGCCGCGAGCAGGGGCUUGGCUUGGGGACCGACAGGGCACGCAUACGCCACUCCCCUUCCACGUCACCAGUGGCCAGCCGGCUGGGGGGCAAGGAGUGGUCGUACACGCGAGAGAAGGGACUUUGCUAAGAAAGCUAACAUUACUAUAUAUUCGCUCGAAAAAUCGGCGUACAACUGAUGUGGGACUAAACCCCCGUCACACCUUCCUCAGAAGAGCCGGGCGACCGGCGCAGGUUCGAACCCUCCCAGAGUCAAAAUUUAUAUAUUUUUCUCUGAUUAUCAUGACUUUCCUGCAGAUCGCCGAUGAAGGAUUAAGCAACGAGAAUCGCUGGAUCAUCGGCAAAAAUCUCGUCAACACGAUUCGCGGAGCAUUGCUACUAAAAUUGCUGAACGAUUCGCGAUAAAAGGAUCGACGAAUAAGUCGUCGUUGGGAAGAGGACGAUCCGCCAGGAGACCAGUCGCCACCUCCUGAGAGCGUACCAGAUGCGAUGAAGAGCCUCCUCUUGCUGCGCGGACCUGAGGAUGCAGCUCCCUAACACGCGCCCCACUUCCAUCCAGUGCCUCUCCGUCGGGUGACAACCGCCGGAGAGCCGCAAAGUCGCCGUUUUCCGCUCCACCGGGUGACAGCCGCCGGAGACGAUUCGACGACCCACUUCAUUGAUCUCUAGACUUCGCAAGAAGAUCUAGAGAUUGCCCACGUCGUCUUUGUCCAAGGAGAGCCUUCGAGGUCGUGGACACUGCACGACGAUCCUCCCAAACGCUCAGGAUUCCGGUGCAUUGCCGAUGCAUCGUCGUCGCGACACCGGAACUCUGUUUUCCUGCUUUCAAUUUAAUUUACGCUUCAUUUAGUGAUACUUUGUUGAUUUUAAUUUACCAAACUAUACUUCGUUCAAUUUUGAUUCUUCCAACUUUUACAGAUCUUAAUUUAAUUAAUUGAGUCGUCUAUAAUCGCCUACGUAAGAAUCGCCGGGUGGAACUCUGUUUCCGCCUGGUGCACGUUCGCCUGGUGCUGACAUCAUCCUGACGUCUGCACCCUUAUUUCCUUUUUUCCGUGAAUUUUAAAUAUAUUUCCUUUUUAUUUUCUAGUAUAAAAUUCAUAAGAAAAUCGUAUUCAUUGAGAAAAAUUCUUAAUAAUUACCAGAUAUUAUAUUACAUCCUUGUGAUCGACUUGGAAAAUUAUCACUAUUUUUGGAAUUUUUAUUGAAUUAUAAUUGAUAUAUUUAUUUAGAAAUACUUCUAAAUAUCCAAAAAUUCGUAUUUUCUAGUUUUAUAAAUUUAAUAUUUGCGUGAUUUAAUAUACAACAACUGGGUCAUGUCACCCUCCAUGUGUACUCUUCGUUUCUAGAUUUUUCACAUUGCUCUCUUUCUUUUUUUCUUUUUUUUCGAAAUAAGUGAUUUCUCCUCACAAGUCCUAUAGAUCAAGGUGCAAAAAUCUCUAUUACACUCAAAUGAUCAAUCAAAUUUUCACAUCAAGUAAAUAUUAUCCAUCAAGAUCAUGAAGUGAAAAUCUAUAAAAUCAAAUCCAUCUUAUCUAUCAUGUAUCCAAAGAGUAUUUCAACAUUUCAUGCUACUAGAUCAUUCUUUUGACUAAAUAAUAAUCUUCCUAGUAUCUUUUGGUAUCAAUCAAUCUAAUUGAUUUAAUUUUUCAUGCAUGCAAUAUGAUGCAAGGAAUUUGUAAAUUAGAUAGUUCUGACAGUUCUGUUUUCUGUUUUCAGUUCUAUUUUAGCAGCAAUAAAUUUGUCAAAAAUAAAUCAAAACUAUCUUCUUUAUAGCUGUAAUUUCGAAUUUCAGAAUAGAUAUCUAGGGGAUUGAAAUGUGAGAAAAAGGUCUUCUAGAAUUUCAAAUUUUGGGCUGUUUUUUGUCUGCUAUUUUUGACAGUCUGUUGUUUUUGACAGAAAACCAGAAAAUAGAUGUUGCAAUUUUUCCGAAUUUUAUUUUAUUUUUAUGUUUUUAGUUGCUGUUCUAAGUUGAAUAAAAUGCAAACACAUGUUCUUAAUCGUCCUACAGCAUAAAUUAAUAAUGAAUACUUCACCCCCAACUUAAAAAUGACAUUGUCCUCAAUGACACAGAAAACUCGAAACAAAAUAUGCAGAAAAUAUAAUUUUCAAGUGAAGCAUGCAUAUCUGCAAAGUUAAGCAUUAAAAAUAUUUUCAUAAAUGAAGAAGCUCAGAAAGACAUCACCUCAACCUCGUUUUUAAUUUUCCACUUCAUCUUACACUCCUCCUCCUGCACUUUUUCAAAAAAAAAUAAAUAUAGAAACAAGUAUUGUGAAAUUAAAAGAACUUCCUAUGCAGCGCUAAAUUUAAUGUCUCUAGUUGGACUCCUUGGUCUUACUCUUGAAUUUCUUUUAAUAAUAAAAUUUAUUUUUCUACAAGACGUUCAUGUUCUAUGUAAUGUUUAAGCCACUAUCCAUUUACCUUAAAGUUAUGAUCACUUUUAGGAUCUUUAAUCAUUACAGCCCUAUGAUCAUAUGUCUCUUCCACCACAUAAGGCCCUUUCCAUUUUGAUUUUAAUUUUUUUGGGAAUAAUUUCAGCCUAAAAUCAUAUAACCACACUUUUUGUCUAACAUCAAAUUUUUUUCUGCUAAUGUAUUUAUCAUGGAAAGUUUUAGUUUUUUCUUUAUAUAUUCUAUGAUUUUCAUAAGCUUCAUUCCUCAACUCCUCUAAUUCAUGUAGCUGAAAAAUUCUAUGCCCACUAGCUGAUUUCUCAUCCACACAUAAAUUUUUAUAGCCAAUAAUGCUUUAUGCUCUAUUUCCACAGAAAGAUGACAUGGCUUUUCAAAAAUGAGACGAAAUGGGGACAUACCUAUGAGAUUUUUAUAAGCUAUUCUAUAAGCCCAUAAUGCAUCUUGUAAUUUCGUGGGCCAAUCUUUCCUAUCUAGUCUAACUAUUUUUCUCAAAAUUUUCUGAAUUUCCUUAUUUGCUACUUCAGCUUGCCCAUUUGUUUGGGGAUGAUAUGGAGUGGCUACUCUAUGGUGUACUCCAUUCUUUUUCAACAGUUCCUUGAAAUAUUUAUUUGUAAAAUGUGUUCCUCCGUCACUAAUAAUCACUCUAGGACAUCCAAAUCUCGAAAAAACAUUUUCCUACACAAAUUUCAUCACGAUUUUAUGAUCAUUAGUUCUAGUAGGAAUAGCUUCCACCCACUUCGACACAUAAUCAACAGCAAGUAAAAUAUAUUCAUAUUUUUCAGCUGAUGGGAAGGGACCCAUGAAAUCUAUUCCUCAUACAUCAAAAAUUUCAACUACUGACAUGUUACUCAUAGGCAUUUCAUCUUUUUUACUCAUGUUACCUAUAGAUUGGCAUGAAAUACAUGUUCUACUAAAUUCUAUAGAAUCUUUAAUAAUUGUAGGCCAAUAAAAACCACACUGAAAAUUUUUUGCAGCUGUUUUUCGUCCAAAAAAAUGUCCUCCACAGUUAGAUGAAUGGCACAUGUUAAUAAUGCUAUGAUAUUCUUCUUCAUGAACACAUCUCCUUAAAAUUUGAUCAUUGCCCAAGUAAUAUAAAUUAGGAUCAUGCCAAAAAUAAUUUCUAAUCUUAGAAAAAAAAUGAUGUUUUCUGUUCUUAUCUCACUGUUCUAGAGUUUUUCUAGAAACCAGAAAAUUAACAAUAUGUGCAUACCAUGGUGAUGGUUGAUGUUGAGCUGCCAUCAAUUGUUCAUCUAGAAAUGCAUCUUGUAAAGGUGCUGCCUUUAUUCUUGUAUCACUUAAUCUAAAAAGAUGGUUAGCAAUAACAUUCUCGAAACCUUUUUUAUCUUUUAUUUCUAAGUCAAAUUCUUGCAACAAUAAAAUCUAUCUUAAUAAACAUGGCUUUGUAUCUUUCUUAUUUAAUAGAUAUUUUAAUACUGCAUGAUUAGUAUAAAUAAUAAUUUUACCUCCCAAACUAUAUGAUAUAAACCUUUCUAACGAAAAUACUACAGCUAACAACUCUUUUUCAGUCGUGGUAUAAUUUAAUUGAGUAUUGGAUAUAGUUUUACUAGCAUAUGAAAUUACUAUGGGUUUUGACUCUUUUGUUUGUCCUAGAAUGGCCCCCACUACAUAAUUCGAUGCAUCACACAUUAUUUCAAAGGGAAGGGACCAAUCAGGAGCUUGUAAAAUGGGUGCCUCAGUAUGUAAUCUUUUUAUUUCGGAAAAAGACUCAAUACAUUUCUCAUCAAAAUUAAAAGGCACAUCUCUAGAUAAUAGCAUGGUGAGAGGUUUAGAAAUUUUCAAAAAAUCUUGAAUAAAUUUUUUGUAAUAACCUGCAUGACCUAAGAAAGAUCUAAUCUAUUUUACUAAAUUCGGAAGUUUCAUUUUAGAUAUAAUAUCAAUUUUUGCUCUAUCCACCUCUAAACCCUUUUCACUCACAAUAUGACCCAACACAACUCCCUCUUUAACCAUAAAAUGUGAUUUCUCCCAACUCAAAACUAAUUUUUUCUCUAUGCAUUUCUCAAGUACAUGCUGUAAAUGAUUGAAGCAUUCAUCAAAUGAUUCACCAAAAACAGAAAAAUCGUCCAUAAAAAUUUCCAUGUAUUUUCUAAUCAUAUCAGAAAAAAUAGACAGCAUACAUCUUUGAAAUGUGGCUGGAGCAUUACACAAACCAAAAGGCAUGCGUUUAAAAGCAAAAGUACCAAAUGGACAAGUGAAAGUUGUUUUCUCUUGAUCUAAAGGGUUUAUAUAAAUUUGAUUAUAACCAGAGUAUCCAUCCAGAAAAUAAAAAAAGUUUUUUCCAACUAAUUUUUCUAGAAUUUGAUCAGUAAAUGGUAGGGGAAAAUGAUCUUUUCUAGUAACUGAAUUUAACUUUCUAUAACCAAUGCAAACUCUCCAACCGAUAGUUAGUCUUGUAUGUAUUUUAUCCCCAUUUUCGUUUUUUAUAACCGUGAUCCCUGAUUUUGUUGGCACUACUUGUGUAGGACUAGCCCAUUUGCUAUUUGAAAUAGGAUAAAUAAUAUCAACAGCUAGCCACUUUAAAAUUUCUUUUUUUACAAUUUCCAUCAUGUUAGGAUUUAAUCUUCAUUGUGGUUCCCUGCUAGUUCUAGCCCCCUCCUCUAAAUAUAUACUAUGCAUGCAUACUCUCAUAUCAAUGCCCCUUAGAUCGUCCAUUUUCCAACCCAUAGCUUUCUUAUUUUUUCUAAGUACAUCUAAUAAUUCUUCUUCCUAUUCAUCACUCAAAUCAGCUGCAAUAAUAAUAAGAAAUAAAUUAUUUUCCUCCAAAAACAUAUAUUUGAAACUAGAGAGAAGAGGUUUCAACUCUAAAUUCAGAUGAUCUUCCUCUUUCCUUUCUCUCAAAUUUAUAUUCUCUAUUUCCUCUAAUUCUUCCAACACACAGUCAUCAAUAACAUCUGGAUCAUCAAAAUCAUCUAGAAGAUCUAUGGUAUGACAAUCAUAUACUUGGGAUUUCUUAAGAUCAUCUGAUACCUCAAAAAUUUUAAUUUCUACUAAUUGAUCUCCACAUGAAAUUUUCGCAAUACUUGUGGGAAAAUCAAUAUUCAUCUUUGCUGUAUGCAAAAAUGGUCUCCCUAGGAUGAUUGGUGUAUCAUAAAACUGUCCAUUAAAAUCCAUUUCCAACAUUACAAAAUCAGUUAGAAAUUUACACCCUUUAACUAUUACUAUCACAUUUUCUAAAAUACCUUUAGAAUGUUUUAUGGAUCUAUCAGCAAAUUGUAAGGUAACAGUAGAAGGUUUAAGAUCAGAAAUAUUAAAUUUAUCACAAAUACUCUCAAGUAAUAAAUUAAUACUAGCACUAGUGUCAAGUAAUACAUUCUGAAAAAUGAAUCUACCAAUAUCACACGAAAUUAAAGGGGCACCUGUAUCCCUCAAUUUAAAUAAUAAUUAAUUUAACAAUCAUGCACUAAUAUGCAUAGAUAAUUUUUCUACUCUAGGUGCCCUUUUUGGUGUACACAUUUCUUUCAAAACUCUAGCAUAUUCAAGAAUAUGUUCAAUCGCAGUGAGUAAAGGAAGACUAAUUUGCACAUCUUGUAAAAUUUUCUUUAUUUCUUCAUUGUGUUCCUUUUUCUUUCCUCGUCUAGGCUCUAGAGCUUUAGGUAAUGGAAUGGUUGUCCUCUCUUUCAAAAUUUCUUUGGUAGAAUCUAUAAAAUCCUCUUCUACUCUUAUUUGAUUUUGUUUUGGGUUGUCCACGUUUUCUUUUUCUUCUAAUGUUUGGGGAUAAGGAUCAGGUAAGAUCUUACCACUCCUUAAUGCAUUCACUGUCUUAACAUUUUCAUUUCAUGGGUUUUUUCCUAGAUUCAUGCUACUAUACUCCCCUUGCUGAAAUCCUAUUGUUGGGCGGUUCCCUAGAUUUUCUAUGGGCUGAUUAGGUAGCUGUCCCUCUUCUCUCUUAUUCCCAAGGGCCUCUAUAAUUUGUUUCCGGUGCUGCAUCAUUUGAUUCAUAGUUUGUUACAUCAUUUGGCUCAUUUGCUGCAUCAUUUCCAUAGCAUCAAGUUGGGUUUGAGAGGGCUGAUUUUUCUGAAAUCUGUUUUCUUGUUUUGGACGAAAUUCAGAGUUUGAAUUGGGUCUAAGUGCUUCUGGAUUUUGAAUAUUAUUUGGGUCUCUCCAUGAAAAAUUAUUCCUCCAAUUAGGAUUAUAAGAAUUUGAAAAAGGUUCCCUAUUUCUAUUAAAAUCAUGAGCUACUUGCACUUGUUCUUGCAUAGGGUGAAAUGAUUGAUCUAAAUUAUAACAUUGAAAUUCAGAAUAAUCAUUUUCACCAUACAUAGGACAUGUACUAUUCAAAUUAAAUUGAGGGUUAAAAGGCUUUCUAAUAUUAUCAAUAAGUAAAUUAAUUUGUUCUAAUCUUUGAUUAAUCUGAUUAACCUCAUUUCUAGUUUAGAAUCAUCAUCAUGAUGCAAUUCAUAAAUUCUUCUCUUCUUAUCCUUGUCAUAUAAUUCGAAAGAGGCUUGAUCUCUAGAAUUUUCACUUAAAUUCUCAUAAAGACUGUAAAUCUCAUCAGGAGUUUUCUCCAUAAAAGCUCCUCCACAUAGAAUCAACCAUAUUUCUAAGUUGUUCUAAUAAUCCAUCAUAAAAAAUUCUAUUGAGCUACCACUUAGGUAUAACAUGAUGAGGACACUUUCUAAGUAAAUCUUUAAAUUUUUCCCAUGUCUCAUGCAAAGUUUCUCUUGGUCUUUGAGAAAAACUCCAUAUAUGCUUUCUCAUAUUUUGAGUUUUUCCUAAGAGAUAAAAUUUUCAAACAAAAACCUAUUCUAUAUCUUUCUAGCUAGUUAAUUCUCUAUCUAAUGUAGAUAGCCAAUGACUAGCUUUGUCUCUAAGUGUAUGAGGGAAUAAUUUCAUCUUAAUAAUUUCUAGUGUAACUUGAGGGAGAUUAACUAAAUCACAGACCAUAUGAAAUUUUUCUAAGUGCUGAUGAGGUUCCUCUAAAGGCAAUCCAUGAAAAUUAGGGAGCAUUUGAAAAAUUCAUGGAUUUAUUUCGAAUUUAACAGUGAGUGCUAAUGAGACUCUAAUAUUAGAUGCUCUUUGAAAUGAAUUAGGGAUAUAAUGAUUUUUCAUGGCCAUAGGAUUGUUCUCAGUUUGACUUGUACUUCCUUCAGGAUCCAUCAAAAUUAAUUUUUCUUUUGGAUUUUUAUUUUUGAAUGAAAUAAUGAAAGAAUUUUCUAGCCUUGGAUGCAAGGAUCUUCUACCAUGCAUAAAAAUUAAUAAAUUUGAGAGAAAAAGUUAGUAACUGUUACCCUCCUUCAGGAUGCUCAAAUCCUUGUCGUGCUUCUUUUUGUUCCCUUUUUCUAAUAAAAAUCGGCAAAAAGAAAAUAAAACAAGAGUUAAGUUUUUUUUUGUGUACUCUAAGAGAAAAACAGAAAAAUACUAUAUAUUAUGCAAUACAUCCCUGACAACGGCACCAAAAUUUGACGUGACUUAGUCAUUGUAUAUUAAAUCACGCAAAUAUUAAAUUUAUAAAACUAGAAAAUAUGAAUUUUUGGAUAUUUAGAAGUAUUUCUAAAUAAAUCUAUCAAUUGUAAUUCAAUAAAACUUUCAAAAAUAGUGGUAAUUUCCCAAGUCAAUCACAGGGAUGUAAUAUAAUAUUUUGUAAUUAUUCAGAUUUUUUCUCAAUGAAUACAAUUUUCUAUGAAUUUUAUACUAGGAAAUGAAAAGGAAAUAUAUUUAAAACUCACGAAAAAAAAGGAAAUAAGGGUGCGGACGUCAGGAUGAUGUCAAUCCCCAGCGAACGCGAAUCGGGCAAAAAUAGAGUUCCACUUAGUGAUUCUUACGUAAGUGAUUAUAAAAGAUUUAAUUAAUCAAAUUAAGAUAUGUAAAAGUCGGAAGAAUCGUAAUUGAAUGAAGUAUAGUUUAGUAAAUUAAAAUCACACAAAGUAUCACUAAAUGAAGCGUAAAUUAAAUUGAAAGUAGGAAAACAGAGUUCCGGCGUCGCGAUGGCGAUGCGUCGGUGAUGCACUGGAAUCCUGAGUGUUCGGGAGGAUUGUCGUGCAAUGUCCACGGCCUCGAAGGCUCUCCUUGGACAAAGACGACGUGGGCAAUCUCUAGAUCUUCUCGCGAAGUCUAGAGAUCAAUGAAGUGGGUCGUUUAAUUGUCUCUGGCAGCUGUCACCCGGCGGAGUGGAAAAACGGCGACUUUGCAGCUCUCCGACGGCUGUCACCCAACGGAGAAGAGCUGGAUGGAGGUGGGGCACGUGUCAAGGAGCUUCAUCCUCAGGUCCGCGCAGCAAGAGGAGGCUCUUCAUCGCAUCUGGUACGCUCUCAGGAGGUGGCGACUCAUCUCCUGA